AUUUCCACAGGUUAGCUAUAGUUGAGAUUCAAAUUAAGCAAUUGUAGCUUGAGGGUCCAACAGCUAGUACUCACUGAAUCAGAGUGCCUUUUCUUAUCUUAUUAUACUGAUCGCUAGUAGAAUGAACACAGUGAAACAUUGAAUAUUAUACAAACGUCAUUUGACUUCCUAGAGCAUCAUACAAAUUCUAAAGAACAUCGAUUGAACAACGCUGUCUAAAUUUUUCUUGCCUUUUGUUUUAUCCACCACUGCCUAUUGAAUUGACUGCCCUUCCUAGAGUGGAGGUCCAUGUUUUAAGCUUUGACAGGCCUGCAUCGGUUGGAGGCGAGGGAUCACAAGAGGCUGGCGCUAGCCUUUGCUUCACCAACAGUUACCAGUCAGCUACUCAGGAUCAAGCACUUCGACCAAGGGUGGGGCCGGUCCUUAUUUUGUUUCAAUCAAAUCAAGCCACGUAUGCGGAAGCACGGAUGGGCGCACGCGCGGGGAGCAGGCAAGUCUCGUUCGGUACAUGUGCAUUUCUCGCUUACAAAUUAUUGUAUUAUAGAUAUGUAGAGAACAUCUAUAUCCAUAUAUGCAAAUUUUGCGAUUUUUUAAUGUAAUUUCUGUGUUUCUUAUUUCGAGCUUCACCUAGCCUGAUUGCCAAAUUAUGGUAAUUCCUAAUUGACCAUGGGUUUAAUAGACAAAAAUGAUCCAAUAACAUCAGUAGCAAGAUACUAGUACAACUUAAUGAAGCUGGAUCUCUCUCACACACAAGUUCACUUGUAUUGCUGUUAUCAAACUGGCCUUACCUCAUUACCACGGCAAGGUAACUAUCCCUGCUUCCUGCAAACAGAGUUACAGAAACCGAUUCUACCCUAGACAACACUGUCUUCCUUGUCUAAACGAAACUUGGCCGGCACCAUUGGUACCCCGUCGUCGGUGACCUCCACUUCAAACUCCGAGUAGCCUUUCGCGACGUCGUACCGGCUGAAGACGUAGUCGCAGAACUCGAGCCUAGCCCCUUGACUCGAACGGCGUCUUUUUCUCGAAUCAUGCGGAGGAAGGGAUUGCUGCCAGAGGAGUCUUCGACGGGCGGGGCAGGGAGAUUGUUCCUCAUGAACACGAGGUAUCUCGAGCUAAACCUCCACGUCUUCGUCUUCGUCGUUCUCUCUCCGCCCGUCAUCUUCCUCAUCGACUCUCUGCCCCACGCACUGAAACUGUUGCCCUUCUUUUUCCAUUCGGCGUCGGCCACCAGCUUCCUCAUUCUCUCCCCGCACCACGCCAUGCCCAUGUUCUUGCUGCCCUUCUCGUCCGAUCCGGCGUCCGCCAACGUUGCCUUCGUCUCGCUAGGUUUGGGGCUCGGGCUCGUCGCCUUCUUCCUCAUCGUCAUCUUCGACGCGGACAUCGCCUUCUUCUUCAUCGGCGUCCUGGACGGGGCGGCCGCCCACAUCGCCAUCCUCCAGUUGGGCUUGCAUGAGAGAAACAAGCGACGAAUCCAAUUUUCGAAUCUGAAUCCCCUGCUCACGACGAGCGAACGGUAGCAAAUCGGACACAUCUUCUUCUUCUUCCUCCUCCUCAUC